UCCUGCUGCUCCGUAUGCUUGAACUUGUUUAAGAAUCCCAUUGUUCUGUCGAAGUGAAGAAUAGGGAAAUCGGGGAUGAAGGGGGGGGAAGAGUGAGGAAGGGAGGGCGAGGAAAGUGCGGGCGGUCCACAACUUAUACGCGCAGGGCAGUCUGCCCUUGGGGUACCGAAAGAUUCCAACGGGGGCCCGGAUAUGGUGUGCCCUGUUUGUCCGGGAAGAAGCGGGUGAGAAAAUUCCAAGUCAUGGGGCAGGAUAGAAUCCGCCCCUGAUGGCCAUUGAUGUCGAGGAUUGUUCGAUGAAAAAUGGGUCCAUUCAGGUACGCAGCCAAAGGCCCGGUGGAGAUAUGCUUCUGAUGUCACAAAUUACAUUACUACUGCUACUAUUACAUUACUACUGCUACUAUUACAUUACUACUGCUGCUGCUGCUGCUACUACUACUACUACUACUACUACUACUACUACACUACUAUACUGUUAGACCAAGUACUGCUGUACUCUAGGUACUCUAGGUAGUCACUCGUACAACAUGCGAACCCAGUGACGACCUACAAUUCAUCGCCACUGCUCGAAACCUUUGAGGUUCAGAGAUGUCACGUCAUCAUCGUCAGUUCCUACAUGAACUGACCAGCAGAUUCUUCUUAGAACACUGAACCACUGUUUGAAUCAGAUGGUACAGGUACGACGACUGCCGACAAGUACCUGAGGUGGCACUGCAAGAAACCAUUACAGAAGGUUCCGGCCAGACCCACCGCUGUGAGCUGCUGAAUGCGAACAGAACCAUUUUUUUUCUAUUUUUUCCUCGGCUGGCUCGAGCCGUAGUUCGAGGCAGAUCACCGUGGGUGGCAAUGCCGAACCUCCGAGUUCCGAAAGUUCGGCAAGUUACCUAAUGACUACUAUACAGUAUAUAGGGAGUAUAUAGUGAGUAUAUAGUGAGUAUACAGUGAGUAUAGAGUAUACAGUAG